AUGACUAGAAAUCCAUUUAUGGUUGAAUCUUCCAAUGGAUCCCCAACUAGAUCCCCACAGAGACCUGGUCUAACAAGAUUCCGCACAAAUAAUAGCAGUUCAUAUGAUGGAAGUAUGGCCAGCCCCAAUAGAGAUACCUACAAUAAUCUGUAUGAUGAAUACGACGAUGAUGAUGACUACUCACAUUCUAAACAAUUCCAAGGGUUACCACCAGCCAUACCACAAUCACCCUCAAGAGCAGCAAUGAGAUAUUCUCCGGACCGUCGUCAUAGGACACAAUUUUAUCGUGAUAGUAACCACGCUACCCCAGUUAGUAAUAGUAGAUAUGCAACCAACCUACAUGAAUCACCUAGAAGAGGUAAUGACGUGGUUUUACAGUUUAGUGACAGUCCUAUUAAACAAUCUCCAGCACAAGAACAUUACACAGAUAAUCUCAAAAAAUCGCCAAGAAAGAUUGAAGGACAAUUUCUAAACAUUAAUCAUAGCUACCCUGACGAUGAGGAUGAUUUGUCAAUAAACAACAUGGCUCGCAAUUAUGACGCUGACGCAGGUAAUGACUACCACUCUUCGAUGGAUUCAAUGAGUUAUCAGAAUCAAACUAACAGAAAUUACUCAAGGUCGUCCAAAAAUACAGUUUCGACUUCAAGUACCGAAGUCAGAUCAUCAUUCGAUUCGGAAGAGAAAUUCCGUAAAUCAUUUGACGAUAACUCUACUGUAUUCUCCACAGACACAUUCACAGAGACUAAAUUUGAAUUGAACCAUCCAGUUCGUCGUGACUAUGUUAGACGUGCUAAUUCAGAGAGUAAAAGAAGGCCAACAACCAAUGAAGUCUUAAAGAAGGCAAUUUUAAAAUUAGAUAACCCAAUACCUAGAGGGUUACUUAAUACGUUACCAAGAAGAGAUAAAUUAGAAUUUACCGAAAUGAGAUAUACAGCAUGUACAGUUGACCCUGAUGAAUUCCAAAAUGAAGGUUACUCUUUAAGAUUUGCUGAAAUGAAUCGUGAAUGUCAAAUUGUUGUUUGUGUAACAAUGUACAACGAAGACAAAUACGCUUUGGCAAGAACAUUACAUUCGAUUAUGAAAAAUGUGUCACAUUUGUGUCGCCGUAAGAGAUCCCAAGUGUGGGGUCCUGACGGUUGGAAGAAAGUUUCGGUUAUCUUAAUUAGUGAUGGUAGAAGUAAGGUUAAUCAAGGUGCUUUGGAUUACUUAGCUGCUCUAGGUGUCUACCAAGAAGAUAUGGCUAAGGCAUCAGUUAAUGGUGACCAAGUAAAAGCACAUAUUUUUGAACUAACAACACAGAUUUCAAUUAACGAUGACUUAGACUAUGUUUCCAAAGAUAUUGUUCCCGUUCAAUUAGUCUUUUGUUUAAAAGAAGAAAAUAAGAAAAAAAUUAACUCCCACCGUUGGUUAUUAAACGCCUUCUGUCCUGUAUUACAACCGACAGUUGUAACUCUGGUCGAUGUUGGUACUCAACUUAACCACACUGCAGUUUAUCACUUAUGGAAAGCCUUUGAUAAUGAUUCAAAUGUUGCAGGUGCAGCUGGGCAGAUUAAAACCAUUAAGGGUAAAUAUGGUUUAAAACUAUUUAAUCCCCUUGUAGCAUCUCAAAAUUUCGAAUAUAAGAUAUCCAAUAUUUUAGAUAAACCUCUGGAAAGUUUGUUCGGUUAUAUAUCGGUCUUACCGGGUGCUCUAUCAGCAUAUAGAUAUAGAGCUCUUCAAAAUCAUGCAGACGGAACAGGUCCUCUACACUCUUAUUUCUUAGGUGAAACCCAAGAAGGUAGGGAUCACGAUGUGUUUACAGCAAACAUGUACCUUGCAGAAGAUAGAAUUUUAUGUUGGGAGUUAGUUGCUAAAAGAGAUGCCAAAUGGGUAUUGAAAUACGUUAAAGAGGCUACUGGUGCGACAGAUGUUCCUGAAGAGAUUCCUGAAUUUAUUUCCCAAAGAAGACGUUGGUUAAAUGGUGCUAUGUUCGCCGCUCUAUACGCACAACUACAUUUUUUCCAAAUUUGGAAAACGAAACAUUCUAUCACAAGGCUAUUCUUUUUACAAAUUGAAUUUGUUUACCAACUUAUUCAAAUGUUGUUUUCCUGGUUCUCGAUAGCUAACUUCGUUUUAACUUUCUAUUAUCUAGCUGGUUCCCUAAAUGAAGUACUAAAGCACGGUGAGGCCCUAUUUAUAUUCUUAAAAUAUCUGAUAUUCUGUGAUCUAGCUUGUCUAUUCAUUAUUUCUAUGGGUAAUAGACCACAAGGUGGUAAACAUCUAUACAUUACAUCCAUGGUUAUUUUGACUAUAUGUGCGCUAUACUCAUUAAUUUGUGGUUUUACAUUUGCCAUCAGGUCAAUGGUCUUAAAGGAGGAAUCUCACUCUGCAUUUGUUAAUAUUGUCGUCUCCAUGCUUUCCACAUAUGGUUGCUACAUAUUUUCUUCCUUCAUGUACUUAGACCCAUGGCACAUAUUUACAUCUUCUCUCCAAUAUUUUAUUACUCUACCAGCUUUUACCUGUACUCUCCAAAUUUAUGCUUUUUGUAACACUCAUGAUGUUUCCUGGGGUACAAAAGGUUCAACUGGAGGUUCCAAGCAACUAUCUAAGGCUAUUGUAUUGCAAGGUCCUGAUGGUAAGCAAAUUGUGGAAACAGAUUGGCCACAGGAAGUUGACAAAAAAUACCUGGAAAUUAAAAGUCGUUUAAAGGAACCUGAGGUUGAAAUUGUUACAGUUGAUGAAGGUGAAAAACGUAACGAUUAUUACAGAGAUAUCAGAACAAGAAUUGUUAUGUUCUGGAUGCUUUCCAAUUUGAUUUUGAUUAUGUCUAUAAUUGAGAUCUUCGACCCACAAGAAACUAACAAUGGAUACUUAAUCUUCAUUUUGUGGUCGGUUGCUGCACUUUCCAUUUUCAGAGUUGUUGGAUCAAUGGGUUUCUUAUUUAUGAAAUACCUACGUAUGAUUGUUAGUUAUACUCAUAAAUCUGAAGAAACAGGAUCCUGGGGUAUUCAGAAUCUGAAUCCAUUCCACAAAGAAAAGUGA